AUGGCGAAACUCCGUCCGCUCGCGCUCCUCCUCGCCGUCCUCGGCUGCGCGCUGUGCCGCCACGCCGACGCGACCGCCUUCGAGGUCGGCGGCGACGACGGGUGGGUCGUGCCACCGGCCAGCGACGGCGGCAGGUACAACCAGUGGGCGUCCAAGAACCGAUUCCUUGUCGGCGACAUCGUCCGUAAGAUAGAUCCAUUCCCAUUCGUUCGUUGGUUCCCUUGGAUCAAUCUGGCAAACGCCGUUAAUCAAUCUCGAUCGCCGCCAACUCAUGCAUGGUCCGUGCCGCGUGCAGACUUCAAGUACAAGGAGGACUCGGUGAUGGUGGUGACGGAGGCCGACUACGACAGCUGCCGCGCGUCGCACCCCAUCUUCUUCUCCAACAACGGCGACACGGAGGUGGAGCUGGACCACCCGGGCCCCAUCUACUUCAUCAGCGGCGAUACCGGCCACUGCGAGCGCGGCCAGAGGAUGGUCGUCAGGGUCGUCGGCCCGGGCGCGCCCCCACCGGCGCCUCCGAGCCCUCCGGCCCCGACUGGAGCCGCCGCUCCAGCAGGCACCACCGGUGGCGCGCUCGCCGGCGCCAUUGCAGCCAUGGCCAUGGCGUUGCCGGUCAUCGUGAUCGGCGUCUGA